GUGUACCCGGGGCGGUGUGUACCUGGGGCAGUGUGUACCUGGGGCUACCUGUGUUUCCGUGUCUGAUGGUCGGUGUGUUUCCAGACGGCCUGGACUCGGACGAGAGCCUGUACGAGUCGUACGGGGAGGAGGAGGCGUGUGCGGCGCGUGGCACGGACUCUCUGCAGGCACUGCCCGCCCCCUCUCUCACCCACAUCUGUGGCCUCCUCUGGCGCAAACAGUGGCUGGGACAAUGGAGCAGGCAGCUCGUGCUCAUCAAAGGCCAGCUGCUGUUGUGCUACAAGUGCCUUGCGGACGGGCUGCCGCUGCUGGAGAUGAGCCUGGCAGGGGCCCGCGCUGCCUACAAGUUCAAGUGGGGCCGCAGGGUGGAGCACGAGCUGAAGGUGACGGGCACGGCCCAUGCCAGCCUGGUGCUGGGGCUACACACACAGCGACAGGCCCACGACUGGAUGAAGGUUUGGAGGUGUUAGCACCAGAGAGAUCACAGUUAGAUAUCGCCGGUUCACUGGUGCACGAACCAGCCACAGACUAGUUACCGGUAGAUUGUUACCUGGUAUAAUAAUCACUCACCUGUGGGGUUAACUGCAGCAGGCCAUUGCAUGGGAAGCAGGUUCCCAUCUCCACUGACUCUGCCUGUAACUGGGAAACACACAGAGGUCAGUGCUGCACAGACCGUCUGGCCACCGUCUGGAACUGAGGGUCUUCAACAGGGAGACUGCGGAGAGAGACCUGUGGGUGGAGGGGGAGAGAGGCAGUAGUUGUGAACUGGGUGAGUGUGUGCACUGGGUGAUGUGGGA